AUGGCAAGUGAUUUAGUUGUCUUAAAUAGAAGAAAGGGGAGUAUUAGAGCACAGUUGACAAAACUGCGAACAUUCAUUGAAAAAAGAGAAAAUUUAACUGAAUCGACAGUGAUUACCCAACUGGAUAUUCUUUCGAGAACAAGUACAAGAUUUGAAGAACUGAGAAACGAAUAUUAUAGGACUGUGUCGGACAAUGACUUUGAUCAAGUGGAAUCCAAUCUAUCCGAACUCGAGGAUGAAAUUUUGAAAAUAGAGGUAAGCCUCAAAUCCAUUUUACAUGAUCUCAAAUCUACUUCUGUUUCUAAUUCUACAAAUGGUGCUAUUAUUAAAGAGUCCAUAGAUAAAGUUACUUCAAUUAGAUUACCGGAAAUACCUCUUCCAUUGUUUAACGGUAAAAUAGAAGAAUGGAAUUCCUUUAAGCAACAAUUCCUAAAUUUAAUAAAUGAUAAUCCCAAUUUAACUGAAAACCAAAAGUGCUACUAUUUACGUUCAUGUUUGAGAAACGAUGCAAAAUUGAUAGAAACGUCUGAAGAUACAUAUGAUUCCCUUCUGAAAGCUUUAGUAGAAAGAUUCGAAAAUAAACGUAUAAUUGUAGACACCCAUAUCAAAAAUAUAAUUAAUCAAGAAAAAAUUGUUCAUGAAUCCGCGAAAGAUUUAUGCAAUUUAAUAGAUUGUAUUCUUAAAAAUUUAAGAGCAUUAAAUGUAUUAAAAUAUGAACGUAAUGAAUUGUCAGAUGCUAUUUUAAUAAAUAUAAUUUUGCACAAAUUAGACCGCGAAUCUCGAAAGCAGUUUGAACUUUCCUUAGUAAACAAGGAAGUUCCUGAUUUUGAUGAUUUCAUAGAAUUUUUAGAAAGAAGAUAUCAAGUUUUAAAUGCCAUUGGGCACAAUAUUCCAUACAAAUCUAAAUAUUCGGAUGUUAGUGAACAGAAAAAUAAAGCACGAACUCUAUUUGUUAAGCCAUCGAAUAAUCCCAAGUAUUGUAUACUGUGUAGAAACGCUGAUCAUCCAUUGCAUAAAUGCGAUCAGUUUUUGCAAUUCUCCCAGCAAAAGCGAUAUGAAACUGUUCGAGAAAAACAUUUAUGUUUAAAUUGUUUCGGAUCUCACAAAAUCGCUCAAUGUAAAUCGAAACACACUUGUUUCACUUGCAAAGCAAAGCAUCAUACUCUAUUACACCGGAUGCAGGUGUCCACAGUAAGCGAUGACUCAUCCUCAAUGAAUUCAAGGCAGACUCCCUCAGUUGCUGACCCCUGUUCGUUGUGCAACCCUUCCCCCCUGACUUCCUGUUUCGUUACGCAGAAGAAAAGAGUGAUUCUAGCUACGGCUGUUGUUUAUGUUUUGGAUAGUUUCGGAACUGUCAGAAAGGGUAGGGCUUUAUUAGAUUCUGGAAGCAUGUGUAAUUUGAUGACAUCUGAUUUCGCCAAUGCACUUGGUUUAAAGAAAGAAAAAAUAAAUGUUCCAAUAUCGGGGAUUUCCGAUACUAUUCUUAAUGUGAAAAGAAAAAGUACCUCCACUAUUUUGAACUCUGAUGGUUCUUUUACUGCAACACUAGAUUUCUUGGUCAUUCCGAAAAUCACAGAUCUAAUGCCAUCCACAUUUAUUGAUUUAGAAGGAAUAGAAAUUCCGCCUUACGUCCAAUUAGCGGAUCCGGAAUUCUUUUCCCCCAAAAAAGUGGAUAUAUUAAUAGGGGCAGAAAUAUUCUUAAGUAUCUUAAAAGAAAAUAGAUUUGAUAUAAAUAAUUCCUUAAUUUUGCAAGAAACUGUAUUUGGACAUAUACUAAGUGGAACAAUUCAAGGUAAACAGGAAUCACAGCAUUGUGGUUUAAUCUCUCAAAUAGAUAACUUAGAUAAUUUGUUAAAGAAAUUUUGGGAAGUUGAAAAUAUUUUAGAUACACCUACAUCUAAAAACAAAGAAGAAUUAGAAUGCGAAGAAAAUUUCAUGCAAACUUAUCGUAGGGAUGAGCAAGGUAAAUAUAUUGUUAACCUUCCUCUUAAGAAGAAUAUGCAAUUAGGCAAUUCCAUUCAAACUGCAAAACAAAGAUUAGAUAGUCUCUGGAAGCGAUUAAAUAAUGAUCCGAAUUUUUCUAAUCUUUAUUGUAAUUUUAUGAAAGAAUAUGAGCAAUUGGGUCAUAUGCAAAAAUUAGAUAAUAGUGACAAUGUAAAAUAUGUCAUGCCUCUUCACGGCGUUUACAGAGCUGAUAGUAGUACAACAAAGUUACGCGUAGUUUUCGAUGCCUCAGCUGCAUCUACUUCAGGUGUAUCUUUGAAUAACUGUUUGCUAAAAGGAGGUGUUGUUCAAAAUGACUUGUUUUCAAUCUUAUUGAGAUUCCGAAAGCACAAGGUUGCAUUUACUGCUGAUGUCAAGAAAAUGUACAGACAGAUUUGGGUUAAUCCUGAGCAGUGUAAUUUUCAAUGCAUUCUUUGGAAAACUAGGAGUUCUGAGGAACUUUCAUUUUAUAAGCUUCUUACAGUUACAUACGGCACCAAAUCUGCUCCCUACUUAGCUACGAGAGUGCUAAACCAAUUAGCAAUAGAUGAGCAACACAAAUUUCCUUUAGCAUCUGCUGUAACCUUAAAAGAUUUUUAUGUUGAUGAUGUUCUCUCUGGUGCAGAUGACGUUUCUACUGCAAUAAAAUUACAGCAAGAAUUGAUUUCUCUUCUAAAAGCUGGUGGCAUGGAUUUGCACAAAUGGUGUGCUAACAAUGAAAUGCUUUUAGAAUCUGUUCCAUCUGAAGAUCAAGGUUAUCAGUUUGGUGAUUCUGAUAAAAAUACAAUUAAAACACUUGGCUUAAAAUGGAACCCAAAAGAAGACUGCUUUGGUUUCAAUGUCACUCCAUCAACUAGCAUUCCCACAAAGCGAACUGUUUUGACUGAUAUAGCUAAACUUUUUGACCCACUUGGUCUUCUAGGACCAGUGACAGUAAAGGCAAAGAUCUUCCUCCAGAGAUUGUGGCUACACAAAAUUGAAUGGGAUCAAGUGUUACCACAUCAGGAAAAGCACUAA